AUUGAAGUCUCUCGCAGAAAGUACGAGCCACUGGACUUUGGGUUGCGGUCAGCUAAUACAGCCAUAAAUUCAUGCCCACCCCGCACCAUCUCGGAACUUCUCGACGCAACGAUUUUUGGCAGUCAAAAGGGUCUCGUCCAAGAACGUUCACUCAGGGAGACGCCUAGCCAGAACCGGCGACCGAGAGGGACAGCCGAGGCGGGCAGGCUUGGCAUUCCAAACUGCUUUGUAAUGCCUCCCCCGGCAGGGACCUGCCCACUGGCCUCGGAGCGAGCCGGCCGUCGGGAAGGGCAGACGGGUGUGGAUGACUUGCCCGGCACCGACCGCGCCCGUCAGCGCCCGCGUCUCGCCUUCCUUGUUUCCGCUUUGCUGCCAAGGUUCACGUCAACCCGGCGGCUGAUGCGAUGCGCCAAAUUCGCCCCCGACGUGACCGCAACGGAGGCCGGGCAGGGUGGAAGCGGGCAUGUCUAUGCCCAUGUCCAUGCCCACCCUUGACCAUUCUGGUGAUACAAAAACAAAGCUUGUGGUGUUUUGACGCCGCCAUCCCUGGCGAUACGGCAACUCUCUCCAAAUCCCCCCCUGGGCGGGCAAGAUGGACAGCGAGGCAUUUUGACGGCACACACACGCACACCCCCGGCAGUUGACCCCCGGGACUGCCGUCGAGGCCGGGGUUCCCCCGCUCAGGUGGUGGGACAGUUUAAACUCUAAUUCUCCUCCCACCUCGUAUCACGGCGUAGCAGUCGCGGUUCAGACAGGCCAAAGGCAAACAUCUUUCUCGUCCUGAGGCCCCUGUCCUCGCCCGUCCCCUCUUUCUGACCGUCACGCAUCCUGGAUUGGACACUUCUCCGCUGCGGGUGCUGCCCUGCCCUGCGCCAUGCGUUUAUUUGUUUUCCCUUCUUUCAAUGAUGCAUUUCCCCCAUGCCCGUCUCGUCCCGCUCAAGAUGCGCAUCCUGUCUCGUCCGCUGUUUUUACUUACUGUUUGCUUUUGUUGUUGUUACCGUUAAUAUUGACCGGCUUUAAUCGACGACAGCCAACCAGAAGACUGUUCACCGCCCGGACCGCCAGCUCUGGCCUGACAGACAUCCAGGUGUAGUAAUAGUCCAACCGUCCAAUUGCGGGC